AUGUCUUUCGUUCUCGGCGGUGGCUCCAACCCAGCCUUCGGCCGUGACCCCGGCCCUCCCCCUCCUCGCACUCCCCGUCCCGGCGCUUACCCUCCCGGUUCCGUUCCCAACCCAGCCGGUGGUUUCCCCGGCAUGGUGCCAGCCCCCGGUGCUCCCGCCUAUGGCUUCGCCGCUCCUCAACCCGCAGUCGCACCCGCGUACUACGCGCAGCCCGCCGUCGCAGCCCCAGCCGCCGCUCCUCCCGCCUGGGGCAGCGCCAUGGCCGCCACCCCCUCCGCCUUCCCGCAGCCCUACCAGUACAUCUCCGGCCUAGGCGGCAGCGGCCGCACCCCCCAGCCCUACCCGGUGAUCAACCCCAACAUGCCCGCCUCCAACAUGAUGAACAGCACGGGCGGCGUCGGGUGCGAGCCGGGCUACAACUACUUCUUCCCGCCGGAGCACACCAAGAUCCACGUGUUCAAGUGCGGCGCCACCCCGCCGUGGCACCAGCCGCCCAACGCGCGCCUGCCGUUUCACGCCUGCCACGUGCCCGUCAGCACCACGGUGCAGGAGCUCAUGUACGGCUUCGGCGCCUGCAACCCGAGCAAGAAGAAGAACAAGCUGUUUGAGGUGGUGCAGGGCGGGAACGGACGGUGGUAUCGCGGGCUGGCGUUCCGUGGGGACGAUAAGGAGCUGCUGCAAAAGACUUGCAAGGAUCUGGGUUGGGAUAAGAGCAGGAGUGGGCUGCCGGGACAGAAGCCGGUGGUUUAUCUUUACGUUACCAAGGAUUGA